GGCGCUGCGGAGGCGGUGACUCAAAUGUCUCUGGCACUCUCUCAUGUUAUUUUGUCAAAGCCAAAAUGGCUGACUGCAGGGGCGCGAGCGUGCACGGGCCCGGCACGCGCGGCUCAGCACAUGUGGGCGGGAAAAUGCUCCUGCGCGUCUACUCGGGUCUUUCCGGCAGCCUCCGGGGAGGCUGAACACGCGCCCAGCGCAGAGAAAAGAGUAGCGAAGCCGCCGGAGAAAGUGAGCCAAGCAUCGGCGAGGACGGCCGUGCGACCCGGGGACGUGUCUCGCUUGUUUUCCGUCGGGAAGACCGGGCUGUGUGAAGGACUGGCGGCUCCGGUACACAAGAAUGAGAGAGGCCCUUGAAAGGAGGGGCCGAAAACAUGAACGGGGCCGUGUACAUUUCGUUUUUUCAGGGGCAGCUGGAGUCUGUGCUGGAGCAGGUCGUUCAGUUCGCCGUCCAGGAAAUCAGCAAAACGGUGGGCUCCAGUCUGAACGCGCUGCUGCUGGAAACCGCCGUGAAAGAGCAGGAAAACCACCGGCUCCGGCUCCAGCUGCAGUCUCGGGAGAACCGGGACAACACCAGCGCCGCAGACGGCGGGGACUCAUCGCGGAAGAGGAGUGACGAGGCGGCGGAGAGCGGCAGGACAAAGCCCGAGCAGAGGAUUCACGCCCCCGGAGGACAGAGCACUGAGCCCCGCUGCUACACCGACACACGCCGCCUGGAACAGAGGGGACGAGUCGUAGGUCAGCUGAAGUCGGUCAUGGAGCAGGUCCUGAACUUUGCUGUGCGUGAGCUGACCAAGAUCGUGGAGGCGUCGUUUGACGACCUGCUGCUGGAGAUCACCAAGAUGGAGUGUGAGCAGAAGAUGCUGGAGGAGAGACUGCGCAGGAGUUCUGAUGCAGGGGGAGGAGAGAAGGGGAGAGGGGGAGGAGCCGGGGGGAGGAGAAGAGGGUCAGAGAACGACUCUGUAUCUCCCAGUGGCUCAGAGGACGCUCGAGAGGAGCACGCCGAGGUCACCAUGUCCAAAAAGACAACAGAGACGCAGGAGCGCCCCCCGGUGCUCUCAGUCUCUCAGGACUGGUUUCCAAUCCUGGACAAGGUCUUUGGUCAGAAAUGGUGCAGUGACGUCCUGCAGAUCAAAGAGCUGGGUGGGGAAGGAGGUGGAGGUGGGAGGCAUGAGCAAGGGGCGGAGCAUCUACCAGCUCCCUCAGUGACCCUGGAGCCCUCCCCCUCCUCCCCCCAGCAGGAUCCUCGCUGGACACCUCUGGAGGACAUGGAGGUCUUUUCUCCUGAUGCCGAUGUGGAACCCGCAGACAGUCGGAAGAGCAGUGCUACCAAUGCUACCGCUACCAACGCCAGUGCUACAAAUGCUACUGCUACCACCGCCAAUACUACCGCUACCAACGCUGAUGCUAAUGCUACCAACGCUGCCAGAUCCUCACCUGGCCCCUCGCCUGGCCCCCCUCUCAGCCCUGCAGGCUCGUCCGGGCAUCGCUCUUCAGCGUCGAUGCUUCAUCGUCUUCUGACACUGCCGUCUCAGCUGCUGGAGGACGCCGGUGAGGACGCCACUGCCCGGGACGUCCUCGCUGCUCUGGAGAACGAGGACACCAACAACUGCCGGGACGGAACUGAGCUGCCGGGCUCAACCAAGGAGGGGGAGGAGGAAGAGGAGGAGGAAGAGGAGGAUAAAGGGAGGAAGAAGAAGAGGCGGAGGGUGUGGUCAGAGUGUGACGAGUGUGGGCGGAGAUUCAGUCGCAUGUCUCUCCUGAAGGCUCACCGCCAAACCCACGUCGCUGAAACCGUCACCGACACCUCGUCCCCGUCGUCUCCUCCCGGCGUUGCCGCCACAGCUGGCGCCGCCGCCAACACGCCGCUAUGCUGCUCGGACUGCGGAAAGAGGUUCUCUUCAGUGACCCGCCUCCACAGCCAUGUCCACACCCAGCACCCCGCCCACCAGUCCUGAACCCGUCCAGUUCCACCAGGAAGAACUGGGCGCAGAUACAGGGUCAUCAGAGGACAUGCACCUUAGAACAAGGACUGAACCAGAACCAGAUCAAAAUCACAUCACAACCAGAACUAAAACCAGACUUCAACCAGAUCUCAGUCAGGACCAGAACAUGAUCUCAACCAGCAUUAAAACCAGGAUCAAAUCAUAACCAUGUCAAAAGCAGCACCUCAGAACUAGCUCACAACCAGAACCAAUUAAAUACCUGACCAGGACUAGAACAAGAACCACAUUGCUCUGCUAUCGUUGUCUGAAAGACGCAACCUGGACCAGGACCAGAUCACAACCUAAUCCUAAUCUCAGUCUCGUUGGAACGACCUCGUCCUUUCUCUCCAAUGUGACUCUGGUCACAAGGAGUGAUGAUGUGGCCACGCCCACUGUGGAGCAUCAAAGCAACACUUACAGCGACACCUUCUGGUUCAACCGGAACCACGCACACAAAAGGCCGAGCGAUGGGUCCAACCCUGGAGCGGAUCACCGGAGCGGACAUGUGUUCCUACAGGUCGAGGAGCGAGGUCACAUGUUUGAGGACAGGACACCAAGCUGCUGCUGGUGACCUUGCUGGUGAAGUCAGACAGACUCCGCCUACCUCGUUUCCUGUUUCCUAGUUGUAACAAUGUUUUGUUUUUAAUGUUGAACGUGAAAGAGCGAGGACGGCCAGUGACCUUUGACCUCUUUCACGUCUCUUUAUUUCUCCUCACUUCUGUGUUGUUGUUUUUUUUGAGUUUGAAAUUUUUCGACAAAGUCGUACAGGAAACCGUCGUCAUCAUCGCUGAAUGUGAAUCUCACAUUUUACUUUUCAGAAAACUGAUGAUGACAUGAAAAGAAGGGAAUGUGUCGUCCACACAAGAUGGCGGACGUCGCUAAACUGGACUCUUGCCGCUAAAGUGCUGAAAAAAGGCGUGUUCUAAGGCUACGAAUCGCUGACCAUUCUGAACUCGUACAAACGUACUUGUGGGUCGUUUCUUCUGUUUCUGUGAGUAAACACAGAAUCUUUAAUCCGGUUUGUGUGGAAGUCCAUUUCUGCCAAAACAAACAGAAAACGCCAAUAAUGCGAUAUUCGCUCAAAGUGUGCUUACUGACGCGAGCGUGGACAACGACAUGCAACGUUACGUCACUCGGAUUAUUCACUCAUGAAAACCUAAACCAGGGGUCAGUAAGGGGCGGACCACGGUCCGGACCCAGACUCUGUCCUCUCUGAUUGGCCAGUAAGUUAGCCAAUCCCAGGCAGAGUAGGACGGGCGUUCAUUGAACAGCGGUGAACAUGUGAGUCAGAACCAGACAGUGUGAGGUUGACAUCAAAAACUGGGCUUUUAAUCCGGAAGGAUUAAAGUUAUCUGACCGUUAUCUCACAGUUAUCUGACCGUUAUCUCACAGUUAUCGACCGUUAUCUCACAGUUAUCUGACCGUUAUCUCACCGUUAUCUCACAGUUAUCGACCGUUAUCUCACAGUUAUCUGACCGUUAUCUGACCGUUAUCUCACAGUUAUCGACCGUUAUCUCACAGUUAUCUGACCGUUAUCUCACAGUUAUCUGACCGUUAUCUGACCGUUAUCUCACAGUUAUCUGACCGUUAUCUGACCGUUAUCUGACCGUUAUCUCACAGUUAUCAACCGUUAUCUCACAGUUAUCUGACUGUUAUCUCACAGUUAUCUGACCGUUAUCUCACAGUUAUCUGACCGUUAUCUCACAGUUAUCUGACCGUUAUCUGACAGUUAUCUGACAGUUAUCUGACCGUUAUCUCACAGUUAUCUGACCGUUAUCUCACAGUUAUCUGACCGUUAUCUGACAAUUAUCUGACAGUUAUCUGACCGUUAUCUCACAGUUAUCUGACCGUUAUCUCACAGUUAUCUGACCGUUAUCUGACAGUUAUCUGACAGUUAUCUGACCGUUAUCUCACAGUUAUCUGACCGUUAUCUGACAGUUAUCUGACAGUUAUCUGACCGUUAUCUCACAGUUAUCUGACCGUUAUCUCACAGUUAUCUGACCGUUAUCUGACAAUUAUCUGACAGUUAUCUGACCGUUAUCUCACAGUUAUCUGACCGUUAUCUCACAGUUAUCUGACCGUUAUCUGACAGUUAUCUGACAGUUAUCUGACCGUUAUCUCACAGUUAUCUGACCGUUAUCAGACCACGUCUUUGAAAACUUGCUUGGUUGCACUUUUAAUUUCACAUACCUCAUUUUGGACGGACACAAACCUUGUUACCUCAGUGUUGUUUGACCACGGUCAGAGUUUGAUUUCACUGUUCUUGUUAUUAUUUCACAUGAAAACAUUGAGGCUCAAGUGUUUUUAACAAAGAGAAAAAAAUCUCACUUUUGCUUCUAUUUUUAUUUUGUGAGUUCUUUUUUGUUGCAUCUUGGCAGACGUGGGCUUCCGUAGUGAGCCAAAAAAAACACAGGAAAAGGGAGAUUUAAUUUUUAUAAAAGACAAAAAAGAUCAGUGUUUAAAAAAGAAUCAGAUCUUCAGUGGUGCAGUUUUUAACGUGGACCAAUCACAGCUGUGUUCGUUACAAACACACAAAUGCAUCUGGGUGAAAAAAUGCAAAAAGACUUAGAUUUAGGGAUUUCAUUUGUUGUUUUUUAAGAUACAGAUCGUUAGAAACAUUGAAUCAUGAAAAUGCUAAAAGCAAACGUGAAUCACGCCUGGAGUCUUCUCAAAUCUUCACACACACGUCAAAAACUAAAUUAUCUUUGGUUCUUUGCUGACACCAAUCAAUCAGAGAUGAAAGUCAGAAUUCUAAGAAAUACAACAAGACAAACAAGAACAUUUUAAAUCAUGAAGUCCUGGAAUGACUGGAAAGCUGCAGCUCCCUUUGUGGCACCGUGGUGCGUUGCAGUUGUAGUCAGACGUUCUGAGAUGGCUGCCACUGAUUUCACUUUAGUUUCACAGAACUGAAGAAAACAGAGAGAGUUUUAGAUUUUCCAUUAGUUUUUGUUUUUAUUUAGUUUUGACUUUUUGUUUUUAAAAUGAGGUUUGCUAGUUUUUAUUUUUUGUAAAAGUUUAUUUUUUAUUUGUUUUAGUGUAAUAUUUGCCAGGUGUAAGAUUCAAAAAGGUGACAAUUAGUCAAGGAAAAAAUAAAUACACUUCAAAUUAACCCAAAAAUCUAAUCACAGUUGUAGUUUAGUAAACCCAUGAUUGACUUUCUGUUAUCGUUGUUUUUAAACUGUUUUAGUUUUGGUUCACAGCAGUGACUGGGGUCAACUCAGAGGUCACGUCUCAGUUCUGACCUCUGACGUAAGUGUAGUGCAGCGUCUUCAAUAUUAACAAUUGUCAUAGUUCGUAAAUGUCCACAUGAUGAGGAUUUGGACCACGUGUGGGAAAACAAGAAAAUAAAAGAAUUCUGAGAUUUAAGUUACAAUUCAGACAUUUCUUUUAAUAUUAUUUUUUUCUUCUUUUUUUUUAUACAUCUCCCAAAAAAGUUGCUUAAAAAUGAUGCAGGAAAAGUACAAAAAAACCACAACAGAAAUUCAGUGUUUGUGAAUUUUUAUUUUAUUUUUUAAUCUUUUUUCAAACAGAUGCAUUUGUCUUUCUUUUUUUUCGUGACGCGUUGCGUCGUUGUCAGACAUCACACGUUGACUUCCUGUGAUGUGGGUGUAGUUAGUGGGUGGUGUGUGAUCAUUUCAAAGUUAAAGAUUACAGAAUCUCGCAGGAAGUCCAGAUGGUAAAGACGUUAACGCUGGAGUUCCUCAAGGAACAACAUCAGGACAACAGGGAUUUUACUUUUGUGUUUUAUUUGUUUCAAAUCACAGGGAAAUGUGAUGGUUUUUUUUUUAAUUCUAUGAUUAUUUUAUAUGAAAUCAGUUUUUAGUCCCUGUUUAAUCUCAAUGAACUGACUUGCCUGUGUUUUUGGAUUUGAUGCAAUACUUUUGAUAAAAUCAGCCCUCUUUUGUAACCCAGCACUCUAAAACAAACCUGGUUAAAAAAAACCUUCAAAAUAAAAGUGCUGUUGUGGAGCAAGGAGGGACCCGGGAAAAAAAAAUGGAAAAGCUCUUUUCCUGCGCCAAUGUGAAAAUGAUUUUUUUUUUACAUGAUGUGUUUGACGCUGAUAAUGAAGCUGCAGCGUCUGAAUGUUUGUUUUUAUCACCUGUUUUAGUCGAUUUGACCAGGUACUUUAUGUUCAAACAAAAACCAUUAAAUGUUCCCAACUUCA